CCAACUGCGGGGACGGGAGGCGCGCGCGCUCCGUCAGCCCCGCUUUCCUUCUUGCCCUGCGGUCGUGCCCUGCAGCCUUCGGCCGCGCGCUCCCGCCGACCCGCCGGCACCCAGCCCGCAGGGCCGAGCCUGGUAAGGGGACCCCGGCGGGGGUCCCUGCGUCCUGGAGGAUUGGGAGCGGGGCGAAGAGGGAGGGUUUGGGGGGCCGCGGUUGAGUCAGGGCUACUGAUUUCUGGUGGGACCUCUUACCGGUUCCAUGCUUCUGGGGUCUCCUGUCAGUGAAACCGGGCGCCGAUGGAAAGCGUUAUGGACAACAGGUUCCCAGUGGGAACCAAGGGAUUUGGGACUUGCUCACCCCGCGUUCCCGUCCAUCGCUUUCCACAGCCCUGCAGUCUUUUAUGUUUAGUUGCCUACUUCUUAGCUCUUUUGAUUUUCAUUAAGCGUCACAGCGUUUCAUAAAACUUCGCUAAUAUUCUCAGAUGCUGGGAAAGAUUGAAGGCAAAAGGAGAUGGGGGCGGCAGGAGAUGAGAUGGUUAGAUAGCAUCACGGACUCAUUGGUCAUGAAUUGAACAAACUUCGGGAGAUAGUGGAGAACACGAAAGCCUGGCGUGCUGCAGCCCAUGGGGUCACAAAGAACUGGAUAGGACUGAGCGACUGAACAACAAUUUGACAGAUGAGAAAAACUGAAACUCACAAGGUGCGCUAACUAGGUAGAGCGAACAUCUUCAGUUUUACCUUCUUAACUUCUCCCAGACCACCCCAGCCCCGUCCCUGACAAGCACCACCUCCCAGAGAAGCCUGGAGCAGAAUCCAUACCUAGGGCUCCACAAGACGAGCACCCUCACUGAGCCACGUUCCCAACGAAACCUCUCAGUGGACAUUGUUCUGUGACCUUGAUCUUCUGAAAGCCACCCAUUCUUCCCCAGAUAGCCACGUUUCCUACCGCACGAUGUAGAAUUCGACGCUAUGGCAGAGAGACCCCAGCCUGUGCAGGAACCAACCCUUGGUCUGCUGUCAACCCCCUGUGAAAGCCGUGUUAUGAAGUCCUGAGACUAAACUGUGAAACCAGUGAUGCCAGGAAACAGGGACUCAAGCAGAUGGGGAAGGAGAGACUCAUGAAUAAGGCAGACGAAAAAUAUUUUCACCUUUCCUAAAACAGCAAGAAAGAGCCUACUUUCUAGUGGUUUGAUAAAUUGAGUAGCAUCAAGAUAACAUCAGGUACAUCCAAUUUAAAGGUCAAAAGGUAUAUAAUGUUUAUUUGCCUCAACCUCCUCCCUAAGCUAGAUCCCCCUGCUGUUCCUGUCAGAUACCCAUAUAAUAUCUGCUCCCACACCAUCUCUCUCAUGAUUCCUGAUCCCAUGUGGGGAAGAUUAGGAUUUUCCUUGUGGAGAAGAAAUCUGCCUCCAUUCUUUAUUCCCCCACUUUUGUCUGUUCUGCAAUUGACACGUGUCAUAUUGCUUCAGGUUUACAAUGCUUCCAGAUCUCUUCCUGGGCUUGAUUCAGUCCUUUUAAUAUCCUGUCAUUUCAGCAUUUCCAUCAAUAUCCUUUCUGACUAGCCUCUGGACACUUUGGUAUUUGUUAAUAUUCUCCCCAAAAAAUCUAUUCCUCGGUGAGAUGUGUCUCCUCCUGACAGCCUGACCCACUCAGAAGAUGCUUCAGGAAGACGGUGCUGCACCUCUGCUCCCCAAUUCGGAACUUUGAUGGUGUUUUGUGGCAGUCACAGAACUCCAUUUGGGUCACACUGAUCAUCAGGUCAUGUAAAAACACCAGAUUGUUUAAACUGAAAUCUUUCCAUUUUGAGCAACUUCUGUCCCCUACGAUUUUAUGUUUGAGUAGUCUUAUAAAAAAAAAAAAAAAAAAAAGGCAUCCAAGAUUUUUCAGUACAGUUCUCUUUGUUGGUUUUAGGGCAAGCUUCCAGCCUAACUGCUUCAGUUUAUGCCCUGACCAUGGAUGGCAGCGUGGUACGUGGUGUUCUAAGAGGCUCAAUGACUUUAUCUUCACUUCUCCUCCCCAAUGAACCUAGGAGAAUAUGCAGGCAAAAAUGAGCCAAUUUUUGUUCUUAGCUCCAUGACAGUUGUGUGAACAUGAGCAUGUUAGUUGAGACUCAGUUUCUUAAUAUUUUAAUAGAAAUUUUUAAGCCUAUCUAGAUAACAUCAUAGGGAAUUAGGGCAAACAAUUAAAAUAAUGGAUAUGAAAGAAAAAUUGAAAAUUACAAAUGGCUGCACAGAGGGUUAUUAUGAUGGUGAAGUUGAUCAUCAACAUUUUCACAACAGUCAUCAUUGUCUUUACUACUUCAAUAUACUGAUUCCAAUAGGAAAUGUCAUCUGAGAUAAAAAAGAUGUCAGAGAAUUUGAGCAAUUUUAGCAAAAGCUGGAGUAUAGUUUACCAGAGGCAAGGACACCAAGCGGGAGAAGGUGAUAAAGAAAAUGCUCUUCUCGGGGGUUAAGGAAAGGAAAGGUGUUCAGGAGGAAAAGGAAAGGAGAGAAGUUAUUUUAGUAUAUUCUGAUAGUGUGACAGGAGAUGGUUUCCUUAAUGAGGACCAUUUCUAUGCAUCCUGGCUGAGUGAAUAGAAAAAUGUGAAAAGGUAGAAAUAAGAAAUGUGCUGAAUAGCAAAUCAACUAUGAAAAUCAUUUUUAAUUCAAUGUUAAUCAAUAAAAUGUAAGUUUAAACCAAUUAAGACAUCCUACUAUAUGCCCAACAGGGUGACCAAAAAAUUAAAAAUCUAGUAUUACCAAGUGUAGGCGAAGAUUUGUGGGAUGCUCAUAUGUGGCUGCUGCCAGCACGACUCAGCACAAGUUUCCUGGAGACAGAUUUGGCAACAUCUAGUCAGGCUGAAGCUGGACAUUCCAGAGAGAUUGUCAGAAUGAAGAAGAAAAGCAAGAGUUCACUGUGUUAACAUAACCUAGGAUCACCUGGCUUGCUUAAAGUUCUAUAUGGAUAUUUGAAAAUAAAAUAUGUCAGAAAAUUAGCAAUGGAAAUGGCUCAUCUAAGGAUAAUUGUCCUCGGCUGUCUGAUUGGAGGUGUUCUCAGGUCUUAUCAACUCCUAUAAGGAUACUUGCUUUUAUUCCUUUCCUCCUCUUAUUCUAGAAGCAAAUGGAAGGGCUGCAGAGGAGCAGAUAUGAAACCAUGGCUGAAGGCGGGAUACAAUGUCAGGGCUUUGAACCCUCCUCCUCCUUGAGGAUCAUCCUGGUAGGGAAAACAGGCAGUGGGAGAAGUGCCACUGGGAACAGCAUUCUCUGCCAGCCCAUGUUUGAGUCCAAGCUGGGGGCCCAGGCGGUGACCAGGAAGUGUCAGAGGGCAACAGGCACGUGGAAUGGGAGGAGCAUCCUGGUGGUGGACACGCCCCCCAUCUUUGAGUCCAGGGCCCAGGAUCAAGAGGUAUAUGAGAACAUCGGAGCCUGUUACCUGCUGUCGGUGCCAGGGCCCCACGUGCUGCUGCUGGUGACCCAGCUGGGGCGCUUCAUCGAGCAGGACCCGGUGGCCAUGACCAGGGUGAAGGAGGUCUUUGGGGCGGGAGCCGAGAGAUACAUGGUCGUCCUCUUCACCCACAAGGAGGACUUGGCGGGUGCAUCCUUGGAUGAGUACGUGGCAAACACAGACAACCUCAGGCUGAGGAGCCUGGUCCGGGAGUGUGGGCGGAGGUACUGCGCCUUCAACAACCGGGCCUCCGGGGACGAGCAGAGAGAGCAGCUGGCCCAGCUGAUGGCCGUGAUCGAGGGGCUGCAGCGGGAGCACCAGGGCGCCUUCCUCACCAACGAGCUCUUCUUUGAUGCACAGAUGCUCCAGCAGAUGGGGGGUGGCGCCCAUGGAGAAGGUUACAGGCACUACCUGGACAAGGUGCAGUUGCAGGUUGCAAAGCAAAAGGAAGGCCUGAAAGAGGCUGAGAGAAACUGUGCCUUCAAGGCGCUCCUCCGGCUCAAAGCCUGGAUCGCUUCUCAUGCCAAAAUAUUUGUUCUUGUCCUAUGCCUUUUGAUUUUUCUUGCCAUUGUAAUUAGCUUGUAUAGUACGCAUCAACAUUGAGCAUUUUCAGGUGACAGCAGCCGACGGCUUCCAUUUUUUCAGAGUCAGCAUAUCAAUCUGUGUUGAUCAGGAACUUUAUUUGCUUUUUACAUAAUUUCAUUUUCAAUUUUGCUUCCUUGCAUCAGACACACCAUCCCUUUUCUUCGGUUCCUUUUUAGGUAAAUCAAAUCCAAA